GGUGACCUGAUGCUUCCCCAUGAAGAAUGUGGGCUUUGUUGCCAAGCUCCCAGAACAUGUUAAAAUGCAAAUGUGGGGCCCUGGGAGGAGAGUGGCUUUUCCCCAUUAGCAUUUAUUUUAGAACUUUGGAACAUUCACGAGGAAGGGGCUUAGAGCCUGAGCAGAGAGGCACCUCCUGUUCCGGAUAACAAUGAUCAGAUCUUCCUAUUGUUGCGGGCUCUCCAGGAGCUGUUCCUGACGGCUGAUUGUAGAGAGAGCCAACAGGGACUGAGCAGCCCCUGGGCCCCGGCUCACUGGGCCGGUGCUUCAUGUGAGUUCCUUCAUUUCAUCCUGACCACAGCCCUUCAGAGGCGGGACGGUCACUGACAGCAGCCAGCGUGUGGGAUUUUGUGUUUGUCUUUGGCAUCAACGAGCCUCAGGCUUUUGAGGCUCUGUAAUUGUCUACUAGGGCACCAGGCAAAUUACAAUUUGCCAGAUCCAAAUCCAGAUCCAAACUCCCCGACCCCUGGAUGUUACAGAGCGCAGAGCGGCUGACCACAGCACUUGUACCAAAUUUGCUGCCUGUUUUUGUCAAUAAAGUUUUAUUGAAGCACAGCCACACCCACUCACAUAUUUUCUGCUUUCCUGCUGCAAUGGCAAAGCUGAGCAUUUGCGACAGAGACCGCAUAGCCCCGAAGUAGGAGAUAUUUACCGUCUGGCUUCUCCGAGUGUUUGCCAGGUCCGUUCUGUGGAACUGUGCUUAUAGGAGGCUCCAGCGUCUGGAGUCAGAUGGACGCAGGCUGGGCUUCAGAAGCCGGCUCCGCACGCGCUAGCUCUUCAACUCUGUGCGAGUUUCUGCUCUCUCUGGUGCGCAGUCUCCGCGCAUGUGGGGGUCGCGGUGAAGACCGGAGGAGAGAGUGCGUAUCGGGCGCCCGGCGCCGCAUCUGGCCUGCAGCAAGUGAUCUGGAAAGGAUGCAGAUUCGGAUCAGCCAGGGGAGGAAGUGCAUAGGGCAGAGUCCAGGAAAGUUCCAGACAUGGAGCUCCCAUUGUCCUCUCCAUGGAGUCACAGGCUUUAAAAUGUGUGUCAGCAGCAGCAGCAGCCACGACGAGGCCCCUGUCCUGAGCGACAAGCAUCUGGACCUACCCAACAUCAUCAUCACCCCUCCGACCCCCACGGGCAUGAUGCUGCCCAGGGACUCCAGGCAGACAGUCUGGCUGGAUGAGACGGGGUCAUGCCCAGAGGAUGGAGAAAUAGACCCUGAAGCCUGAGGAGGAGACACUGCACGCAGACUCGGCGGCGCUGGCUCCUGCUCUGGCUGGCCCGGCUCGGCGUAUCCCAGGGGCGCGGCUGGGUGUGCUGAGCAAGCUGGAGGGGACAGUGGAGCAGAUGCUGGCAUUCGACCGCAGGAGGCGUGGCCAGCUUAGCCCAGACCAGGCCUGCCGCCUCCAGAGCCGUGUCUCCCAGGCCCCGUUGCGUGGACCAGACCUGAACACCUGUGUGAUCUUGCCGACCCCAGGGCCAUGAUGACGGCCGUCUGGGUGCCAGGGAGAGGCUUUCUCCUGGACAGACGUGCCCUCCCGGCACCCUGGGCCGCGCAGAUGGGUCAACACACACAAGAACUUCUCACAGAGGAGUGGCUCCGUUUUCACGUUUUUACCAACAUCAAAACAGUCCAAAAACUGAUGUAUAAUUUUUUUUGCAUUAUAAAUAAAGAUCCUCUAUAGCAACUGGUGAAUCUUGCUUCUUGGGCUG